AAUUAUUCUACAGAAAGAACGCCAAUGAGUUUGGAAGACUAAAAAGGCCUUUGAUUAUUCUUUUACACGCAUUAUGGAUAUAAGCGAUCAAUACUUAUCAUGCAGAGCGGCAUCCGCCGGCGAGCGGCAGCGGUCGACGCCGCGGCGGAGUUCUGAACCAGAAUUGCCAUAACGGUCACCGGAAAAUGCAGGCACAGUGUAAACCACGAGCAGUACGGAAUCAAAUGCAGCAGCGGAUGAGGAGGAACCCUAGUUGCUCCAACAUAGUCGAUUUCAAAUGAAGUCGGAAGAAAUUUCAGGCUACCGGUUCCUCGAUUUUGCUUAUUUUGAACAAAAACAUUAAUUUUCCAUUUAUUUUGCCGAACGAAUUCUUUAAUGUAGUGUUUUCAGGUGAUUGUGGUAUAAAUAGAAUGGUGUCGAUAGAAGUUAUAAUCGUUGUUUCAUUUACAUUGGUAUAAUUAUUCCAUGAAUAUACUAUUUCAAAAUAGAAACAUUGAGCUUGUUUGUUUAGGAGCUCUGGUUUUAGCUCGUGAAACAGGAACAGAUUAGCUUGGGAUUUCAUGCCGCUGUGCUUAUAUAUACGAUAUCAUUAUGACUCAGCCUGUAACUGGCAAACAUGUUUUUCGUUUUAUAUUUUAAAUCAUUUUUAUGGCUGAAUCUUUGAUGGUAUCUAGCUCUUAAGAUUGGAAGAAUCAUUUGGUAUUCGGCCACUUGACACACGGAAUAUAACUGAGUUAUUCACAUACUAAGAUAUUAUGUUGUUAUAAAUUCUUGAUGACUAUAUUUUUGUAGCUAUUCGCAAUUCAAUUUAUUGGCACACCUAUGAAGGUUAGUACUUGCUAAAUAUGUUCGGAUAAGAUUAGCUGCAUUACACUUACUUGUAUUUUCUUGCUUAGCUGAACUGUGCGUAUCGACAUUUAUUAGUUUCGUAUAAUUGAUUGGUUAGAUUCAGUUGGCAGUAUAUAAAUUAAGCAGAGGACUUGCUGCGGUAUAGAUAUAUGUACAACUGCAAGUAAUACCUUUCUCUAACUUCUUAUUCGUUUAGUUUUUUACUUCCCUUCCACCUCUAACCACACCCCCCCGCCCUUUCUUCCAUUUUAAAUUAUUGAUCAAUAAUUAGAUAAGCUUGCCAAUUUCAUUUGUACAUGGUACUGCAACUUGCAAUGGAAUGCAGCAUUGGGAUUAUCGAACACUUUAUUUAUUUAUUUAUGCUUUUCUAGAAACUCUUUAAUUGUCGUUUUCUUCUUACAUCAGUUGCGAACAAAAUCUUAGUCACUAGGUUUCCCCAACCACCACAAUAACUGUUUCUCGAAACUUUUAUUUCGCAUCUUUCUCAGUAAAAUUUAAAACACCGACACACCUCAUAUGUAAGAGACAUGCAUAUUGACACUUGGACAUGCAUGCAUGCAUGCAUAUGGUUCCCCACAGAGACACGCGGAAGUGUGUAUAUGGCGGUUGAAAAGCAGUCGCCGCUUAUUUAAUCUCAGUGAAAUGUUCUCUUAUUUUAGAGUGUUAUUGAUCUGUUGAUUUGCUUUACUUUGUGAAAUGCUGAAUCUCCAAAUGAACUUCUGAAGAGAAAUUUUCAUAGAAUGGAUCGUACACCAAACAAGCUCGCUUUUGUGGCUUAUUUUCCUGCUUCACGAAGUGUUAAUUCUCUCAAUCAGGAUGUUGCUGCAACCAAAGGGAAUGAGUUUGAAGAUUACUUUCUUAAAAAAGAGCUGUUGAUGGCCAUCUAUGAAAAGGGGUUUGAAAAGCCUUCUCCUAUCCAGGAAGAAAGUAUUCCUAUAGCUCUGACAGGAAGUGAUAUUAUUGCCAGAGCUAAAAAUGGUACUGGGAAAACUGCUGCGUUCUGCAUUCCAGCACUAGAGAAAAUUGAUUCAGAUGCCAAUCUUAUUCAAGUGCUUAUCCUAGUCCCAACUAGAGAAUUGGCCCUUCAAACAUCCCUAGUCUGUAAAGAACUAGCGAAGCACCUGAAAAUUCAGGUAAUGGUUAGCACCGGAGGCACCAGUCUAAAGGAUGAUAUAAUGAGAUUGUAUCAACCUGUCCACCUACUGGUAGGAACCCCUGGAAGAAUACUAGAUCUUACCAGAAAAGGGAUUUGCAAUUUGAGGGGUGCUUCAAUGGUUGUAAUGGAUGAGGCUGACAAGCUAUUAUCUGUCGAGUUUCAACCUUUAGUGGAGCAACUGAUCACCUAUCUUCCUCCGAAUCGACAAAUUUUGAUGUAUUCGGCCACAUUUCCCAUUACUGUAAAAGAUUUCAAAGAUAGGCAUUUGAGAAGGCCGUACAUCAUCAACCUCAUGAAUGAACUCACUCUAAAAGGUGUCACUCAUUAUUAUGCUUUUGUUGAAGAAAAGCAGAAAGUUCACUGCCUGAACACACUCUUCUCAAAGCUGCAAAUAAACCAGUCAAUAAUCUUCUGCAACUCUGUGAAACGAGUGGAGCUGCUGGCCAAGAAAAUCACAGAACUGGGUUAUUCUUGCUUUUAUAUUCAUGCCAAGAUGAUGCAAGACCAUCGUAACAGAGUGUUUCAUGACUUUCGAAAUGGUGCAUGCAGGAAUCUUGUUUGUACUGAUCUAUUUACGAGAGGAAUAGACGUCCAAGCUGUCAAUGUGGUUAUAAAUUUUGAUUUUCCCAAACAGUCUGAAACUUAUCUUCACAGGGUGGGUCGCUCUGGAAGAUUUGGACGGCUUGGAUUGGCUGUGAAUUUGGUUACCUGUGAAGACCAUUUCAAUCUGUACAAGGUCCAGAAGGAGCUCGACACAAAAAUAAAACAGAUUCCUCCUUCUAUCGAUGCAGCGCUGUACUGUGGUUGAGAACUGGCAAACGAUUAUGGCGAUGAAUGUGGCUCUCCGUGCUUCUGCAGCCUAAUCAAGUUGGUGGAGGAAAGAAGGGACCUGAUCUAGAGUGAGAACUGGAAGAGAUGAGUUUCGGACUUGAUCUGUACAAUGCAGCUAAGCAUGUUUAUAGAGUGCUGCCUUUUAUUGCCGUUGAGUUUGCGCUUUAUGUAGUAGCUCUAGUGGGCAUUUGUGCAUAGCGUAAUAAUUUGAAUGUGUGUGGCAAUAAGUUUGCUCUUGAGCAAAUUUCUCCCCUCCCUGGGAAUGUUUUCUGUACAGGCCCUAACUCUCCCCCGAAGAGGAUUGAGUUGAGUACUAUAAAUAAUGGACCUUUUCAACUUCUUCUACUCAUUGUUUUAG